GGGAAGGGUGCUCUUCCUCUUUUCGGUAUUAUGAAUGAAAGGCUGUUGUUUGAUUUUAACCCUGAACUAGUCUUUAUCAAACAUUAUCAAUAAGGUAUUGAGAAAGAGCUUAACUAAGCUCGUAUUUACUAGUUCAAGAUGUCUGCGAGCGCGGUGUAUGUCUUGGAUUUAAAAGGAAAGGUCCUGGUGUGCCGAAACUACCGGGGAGAUGUGGACAUGUCAGAGAUUGAGCACUUCAUGACACUCCUCAUGGACAAAGAGGAGGAGGGGACGCUCUCUCCAAUCUUGGCCCAUGGAGGAGUCCGUUUCAUGUGGAUCAAACACAAUAAUCUCUACUUGGUUGCGACAUCCAAGAAAAAUGCUAGCGUCUCGCUGGUCUUCUCCUUCUUGUACAAAAUCGUCCAAGUUUUUUCAGAGUACUUCAAAGAACUGGAGGAAGAGAGCAUUAGAGACAACUUCGUCAUCAUAUACGAGCUGAUGGAUGAGCUGAUGGACUUUGGCUACCCUCAGACCACAGACAGCAAGAUUCUGCAGGAAUACAUAACCCAGGAGGGGCACAAGCUGGACACUGGCGCCCCUCGACCCCCCGCCACAGUCACCAAUGCCGUCUCCUGGAGGUCAGAGGGCAUCAAGUACAGGAAGAAUGAGGUCUUCCUGGACGUCAUUGAGUCAGUCAACCUCCUGGUUAGUGCCAAUGGUAAUGUUCUUCGUAGUGAGAUCGUGGGCUCCAUUAAGAUGCGUGUCUUCCUGUCUGGGAUGCCCGAGUUGCGUUUGGGCCUUAACGACAAGGUUCUGUUUGAAAACACUGGACGUGGGAAGAGUAAAUCAGUAGAGCUGGAAGAUGUCAAGUUUCACCAGUGUGUCCGUCUGUCUCGCUUCGAGAACGACCGCACCAUCUCCUUCAUUCCUCCCGAUGGAGAGUUUGAGCUCAUGUCCUACCGCCUCAACACUCAUGUGAAGCCCUUGAUCUGGAUUGAAUCUGUUAUUGAGAAGCACUCUCACAGUCGCAUCGAGUACAUGAUUAAGGCAAAGAGUCAAUUUAAAAGGCGUUCCACUGCCAACAACGUGGAGAUCCACAUUCCUGUGCCAACGGACGCUGACUCACCCAAAUUCAAGACCACAGUGGGCAGCGUGAAAUGGGUUCCUGAGAACAGCGAAAUCGUCUGGUCAAUCAAGUCCUUCCCUGGUGGAAAGGAGUAUUUGAUGCGAGCCCACUUUGGUCUGCCGAGUGUAGAGGCUGAAGAUAAGGAGGGGAAGCCACCAAUCAGUGUCAAGUUUGAGAUCCCGUACUUCACCACCUCUGGCAUCCAGGUGCGUUACCUGAAGAUCAUUGAGAAGAGUGGAUAUCAGGCCCUGCCGUGGGUGCGCUACAUCACCCAGAAUGGAGAUUACCAGCUCCGGACCCAGUAGGCAGCGCCUCAGCCGGCAGGUGGAGUUCGGAGGGGGCGGAGUCGAGCCGCUAAUAUGCUAUCAAUGGCAGGUGUCAGUCAUGAGACCAGAGGACUGUCAGCAUCUACUUUUUAUUUUGUUUUUGUAUUUGUUGAAGUUAUAUUAAUUUCCGAUCAAUGCAAUUAUUAGAUGGAGCCUUCGGUUAGAUGAGAUUAAAAAAAAGAAAGUAAAGUAAUUUUGUUUUACUACUGUGUAGCUCUUCAUGUGAACGAACGCCAAGGAAAGCAGGAGUAAUGUUUACAUCUAACCCAAACAGUGCAGAGAUGUACACAAUCUAUCAUAAAGGGUCAAAUAGCUUAAAACAGUAUGUUACAAUUCCCACUUAAAGUUACUGUAAAGACAUCCACACAUGUUAAUAACACACAUUUCCGGUCAGUCUGAGUAGGAUAUUUUAUAUGAAGCUGCUUUGUUCUGCCACAAUUCCUCUAUGUUGAUUGUCUGUAUAUAUUUGUUACAUGUUAAUGAACUCCAAUUCAGUGUUAUAUGUUUGAUGACUGUAAAUUAAAAGGCUAAGUUUUCUCUUUUCUUUGUAUUAUCACCUCCGUGUGAUGCCACUGAUACAUGCCAGAGUGAUGCCUUCCUGCAUGGCUGUUGUGCUUCGACUCCUUUGACAUUCAGCUUUGCAGAAAAGAAUAAAAUGUGGGCAGUUUAAGUUGCACAGUAAAUAGAAUACCAGUCGAAAAUCCCUCUUUUCCGCCCCAACACCUGUUUCCCUUUUCCCUGUCUGUAACCACGUUAUUUUGAAUCAUUAAAUAUCUAUUUAGA